ACAGACCAGUGGGAAUGCCAAAAAUGGAAAAAGUAUACUUGCACAACCCCAGCACAGAAGAUACAAUCAUUUUAGUAUCAAUAUCAGCAACAACAUCACACUUUCAUGCAUCAUUUUUUCAAAAUAGGAUUAUUCCACCUGGAGGAAACACUUCCUUUGAUGUAGUUUUUCUUGCCAGAGUAGUGGGAAAUGUAGAAAAUACUUUAUUUAUUAAUACGUCACUUCAUGGGGUAUUUACAUACCAGGUGUUUGGUGUUGGAAUACCAAAUCCAUAUCGCUUGCGCCCAUUUAUAGGGGCAAGAGUUCCUGUAAAUAGCAGUUUUUCACCUUUAAUAAAUAUACACAACCCUCACAGUGAACCUUUACAGGUAGUUGAAAUGUAUUCAAGUGGAGGAGAUCUGCACUUAGAACUUCCAACAGGUCAACCAGAAGGCCCUAGAAAAUUAUGGGAGAUUCCGCCCUAUGAAACAAAAGCUGUGAUGCGAGCCAGCUUUUCUUCAAGAGAAGCAGAUAAUCACACAGCGUUCAUCAGAAUAAAAACAAAUGCAUCAGAUAAUACAGAAUUUCUCAUUUUACCUGUUGAGGUGGAAGUUACAACAGCACCCGGAAUUUAUUCCUCGACAGAAAUGCUAGAUUUUGGCACAUUACGGACUCAAGAUCUUCCAAAAGUUUUAAACCUUCAUUUAUUAAAUUCAGGAGCAAAAGAUGUACCAAUAACAAGUAUUAAACCAACUCCACCAAAUGAAGCUGUUACAGUAGACUUUAAGCCAAUUACACUGAAGGCAUCAGAAACUAAAUAUACCAAAGUUGCAAGUAUUAUAUUUGAUGCUUCAAAAGCAAAAAGUGCAUUGCAGUUUUCUGGGAAAAUAGUGGUGAAGGCAAAGGAGAAAAAUUAUUCAAAACUUGAAAUUCCAUACCAAGCAGAAGUGUUAGAAGGGUACUUGGGUUAUGAUCAUGCAGCAACACUUUUUCAUAUCAGGGACAGCCCUACAGAUCCAGUGGAGAGGCCAAUAUAUCUAACAAAUACAUUCAGUUUUCCAAUCAUUAUACACAAUGUUUCUUUGCCAGAAGAUGCAAAGACAAUGUUUAAGAUUAAAAACUUCAGUGAGCCAGUUUCUGUUCCUCCCCACAAAGCACUCUACAUAUUUUCUCUCCAUUUUGUGGCUACCACUUCUUCCAUUCAUAUAGACAGCAACAUUUUGCUUGUCACAAAUGCAUCAAAAUUCCACCUCCCUGUGCGAGCCUAUACAGGGUUUUUAGAUAAUGAUGGGUAG